AUGUCACUAUGUACUGAUCUGCCGCUUUGGCAAUCAUCUCCAGUUUGCCUUCGACCCUUUCGCAUAUCGAACAUUCAUAUGUCUAGACAAAUCGACACCAUCGUUAUAGGCGCGGGCUGGGCCGGUGCAGUUGCAGCUCGCCGACUCGCUCAAAAAGGUCGCAAGGUCAUUAUCGUUGAAGCAAGAGACCGUAUUGGAGGCCGGGCGAGGACGUACGAGGAGGGGAUGCACGCGCCGGUUGACCUAGGCUGUAGCUGGAUACAUGGCUACAAGGAAGGCAAUCCAACGAAGGGCAUCGCGAAAGAGCUCGGCACGGCCACACAUCUGUCACAGCCCACAGAAAGCGUCAUUUAUGACCAAGAAGGACGCCUUACACAAGCUGCCACGACCGAUCUUCAAUCGAGUUUAUCAAAGACCCACGCAGCCGCACGCAGCUACGCGCGCGACACCCCUGCUUCGUCCAUCUCCGCUUCCACCUCCCUAGCAUCCUUCUUCUUCAAUUCUCAAUCUUCUAUCAACGCAUCUCCCGCGGCGUCUUCCGCGAAAUCGCUCGCCAGAAUGCUUGAGAUACCCUUCGGGGUAGAGCUGGAGCGCGUGAGCCUGCGGUGGACGGGCUGGGAGGACAACUUCGCUGGUUCAGAUGCAGCACCCGAGGGCGGCUUUCAGCGACUGGUUGAGAAGGUCGUCGAGGCCGCCACGGAGACUGGGAACGCGGAGGUCAAACUUGGCGAAACCGUCAAUAUCGUCGUGCAAGAGUAUGCGGGCGUCAAGGUGGCGACGAACAAGGGAGCGACAUACAAGGCGAAGACGGUACUGUGCACGAUCCCGUUGGGCGUUUUGAAGCAGCGAGCAGCGACGCUGUUCGAACCCGCUCUGCCGAAGAGAAGGACAGAGGUUAUAGAGGGGACGCACGUCGGCGUCCUAGAGAAACUUUGCUUGGUGUACGAGCAAGCGUGGUGGCCGGACGCCGCGACGGUCGGAUCUUUCACCUUCUUGCCUACCAAAUCAAGUGCGGAAGACAGUGCCGCGAGCGUGUUGGACGCGAAUACGAUCGUCGCAGCUUCAUACGCCGCGCCGUCGCUGCCAAAGCCACAUCCGACCGUGUUCUUCUACCUCUCCCCAUCUCCGGCUUUGGGAUUGGCGCCAUACUCCCUCGAGGAGGUCACAAGCGCCGCGCACGACUUCCUCGUUCGCCGAAUUCAACCGGCCAUCACGCCGCCUCCCCCUUCGGCGAGCGUCAGAACAGAGUGGCACAAAGACCCGCUGUCCCUGGGCGCGACCACGACCCCAAGUAUCAUUGGCGAGGGCAGGGGACCAUUAGACUUCGCUGAGCUAGGAAAGCCCUUGUGGGAUGGCCGGCUCGCAUUCGCGGGUGAACACACUGAGAUGAAUCACAGGGGCAGUGUUGCGGGAGCAGUCAUUAGUGGAUUGAGGGAGGCCGACCGGAUACAUGCUUAUUUGGACAAGCUGACGAGUUGA